AUGCGUCCUGACGUCGACGACGACCGGCCGCGCAAGCAGACGGCCGGUAACGCGGUCGUGGCCUUGGUUGCCGGCCUCGUCUGCGUGCUCGUUUGCGUCGCUAGUCUCUUUGGCAACGAAGCCCAUGCAACCAGAACCCACGAUGGACUCUCGGGCGCCCUCGCCGACGUCGUCAUGUACGACCCGACGCUCGAGACGGCAGCGCUGGACGGCCGCCUUGUGCACAUCUCGGCGCGCCUCAUGGGCCAAGACAAUGGCCGGCCGAUUGUCUCGGACCGUGAGUUUGGCAUCGCGGUCGCUGGCGUCCACUUGCAUCGGACCGUCGAGAUGUACCAGUGGCGAGAGACCCGCCACGACCACACGUACUGGGAAGACGGCGAAGAGAAGAAGGACGUGACGUACUCGUACGACGAGGUGUGGAGCGAGUCGCCGAUCUACAGCGACCGCUUUGACGACCGCAGCUACAGCAACCCGACCCUGUGGCCGUACACCUCUCGCAAGACGACGCACCCGUCGUUGCACGUCGAGACGUACGCGCUCUCGCGUGCGAUCGUCGACUUGAUAUCGACGCCGACAGAGCCGAUCCGCCUCGACCAGCGCUCGCUUCUCCAGAUGGAGUCGGUCUUUGACUUGACCUUGCAUGCGCCGCAGGCCGUGGACGCCAUUCCGGCGCUGGUCGACAUGUUUAUCGACGCGGAGACCGCGUUUUUGUCGCGCCCGCGCAAGAACGAGCCGCGCCCGCACCGCAGUGCGAUCGGCGACCUCCGGGUGUCGUUCGCUGUGACGCCGGCCAAGCGCGUGAGCAUCCUUGCGAUGCCUCUCCGCGGAUCGCUGGUGCCCUAUACGAGCGCUGGCGGUGUGCCCAUUGCACUCGUGCACGACGGCCUCGUGCCGGCCGAAACGAUGCUGCACCACGCCCAGGCAUCCCUCCGUUGGCAGACCAUGGGGUGGCGCGGCCUGGGGCUGGCACUCUCGUGCCUCGGCUACUACGGCGUCCUCAAGCAGUAUCUGUACACAACGCUCUUUGUCCCGUCGGCGAUGGGUCCGCUGCAUCUGGGCGUCCGCCCGUCCAACCGGCUGGUCCUUGCAUUGGCCAUGGGGUAG